AUGCCUCAAAAAUUGCGGCCCAACAAUGGCGACCCCCACAGUUUUGGUCGUAGGGCCGGAUUCCGAGUGAGGGCAGCUGUUCAUGAACUUUCGCGGCAUACCCCCGCGAUUCAUGUUGUCUUACUGAUCUUCCUGUCCAUAACAAUAUGUGGGCGAAUACACCUUCUUGAUCACCGUUUAAAAAAAGCCAAGGGCGAACUCUUCUACAUUCGAGUACACACAACAUCUCAACCUUGCACCAGCGUCUGGGCCUCCUCGGAGGGUUUCCAAUCCAAGCAGCGAGACGCGUUCAAUGAUCCAGAGACAGUGAAGAUAGCAGAAAGUCAUCAUCUCUCCAGCAUCAUACCGGCAUUUGUGGAAAGUAAUUCUCACCACAAUGACGUAGCUUCUGAUGACAGGCUCCAAGAUGUACACUCGGAAAAAGAUAGCUUUCAGGCUUGGCCGGAAGACAUAAUAGGCGAUGUCGAGAAAGGCCUCCAAACAACCACGCUGAAAGAUUCGUACCAAGUGCAAACCGGGUUACCAACAAGCUAUAUGGCGCGAGAAGCUUUCAAGCAGUGCAUCAAGGAUCGGGAUGGCGCAUCCAUAACGAAUUCGGAGACACCCGGAACUGCGCUGAGUGGCGAUGGUACAGCCGGUAACUGUUGGGCUUUCCGUGGAUCAGUAGGACAGCUUGGAAUAGGGCUCAGUAGUAAAAUCGAUAUCACCGCCUUAUCGAUUGAGCACAUCGGGGCGCAAUUAGCGCAAGAUGACAUCACAUCUGCACCGAGAGAAUUUGAACUUUGGGGAGUUAGUGAUGACGAGGAUACAGUAGCCGGCACAACACCAUUGUUCAAAGGGGUAUACAGCAUCUCCAGCCCGAGUUCAACUUUACAAAUGUUUGAACUCAACAAAUCACAUAAGUUGCUCUUCAGCAAGGUAUUGUUUAAAGUCAUCUCGAACUAUGGUAAUCCCGUGUUUACUUGCCUUUAUCGUGUGAGAAUACAUGGCCAGCCAAUUUUUUGA